UCAAUAUAUGAUUGAUGUCAUACAGAUAUGUCAAUGCAUUCUUCACUGUUAGAAGAUAAUUUGUGCCAUGAAAGUGCUUAGAAAUCCCAAAUAAUGAUUAUUGUUCCUAAUGUAUGAUAUUAGAUUGCAGAUGCCACACAUGUGGAAGGUGCCAGGGAGGCUAUGGAGGAGGCCACAGACGAGCUCUCCCUCAUGGGCUCCUUCUCCUUUGUGAGGAGCCUCCCGCAUAGGGAUGAGCUGCUGGGGGCAGCCCUCAACUUCCUCACAGAGGGCCGUAUUUUGACUGCUCUCAAUCAAUUCAGAGAAGGGUUGGAGACCUUCGGGAUUCAAGCCCUUUUGAGGUUCCACCAUGAGGAGCUCAAGGGGGUCUUCAUGGACACACCUGAGCCGCUGCUGGCCUCCCGGUUGGAGUCCACAUUCAGCACGUCCUACAUGUCUGAGCCGGGCUCCUAUCGGAGGAGGAAGGAGGCCAGGACCCUUGUAUAUUGGAGGGACUGGCUGAUCGAGGUGGAGGAUGGAGAUACGAGUCUCACCCUGGGGGCGGUUCUGGCGUUUGCCACGGGCCUUCAAAGAAUUCCUGCCGUGGGUUUUCCCAUCCAACCCCGGCUUGAAUUCCUCCAUGAGGAAGAUGGACCGGCCCUUUUCCCCACGGCCAAUACCUGUUCCCUGGUCCUCAGGCUACCGGUGUAUCCCGAGUACACUGGAUUUAAGGAGGCCAUGGAGGAAGGAAUAACCUCCGGUGGGAGUACCUUCGGCGUGGCCUAAUUUGGUGCCCAACCCCGUGGAAGGACGCUUGAAGUGCCCCACACACACACAGGGAAGGACGCUUGAAGUGCCCCCACACACACACACACAGGGAAGGACGCUUGAAGUGCCCCCACACACACACACACACACACACACACACAGGGAAGGACGCUUGGAGUGCCCCCACACACACACACACACACACACAGGGAAGGACGCUUGGAGUGCCCCCCCACACACACACACACAGGGAAGGACGCUUGGAGUGCCCCCACACACACACACACACACACAGGGAAGGACGCUUGGAGUGCCCCCCCACACACACACACACACACACAGGGAAGGACGCUUGGAGUGCCCCCACACACACACACACACACACACACACAGGGAAGGACGCUUGGAGUGCCCCCCCACACACACAGGGAAGGACGCUUGGAGUGCCCCCACACACACACACAGGGAAGGACGCUUGAAGUGCCCCCCCCCACACACACCUAUUUUCCCACUCAUGACCUGCACCUUGACGUGGUGAGUGGGCUUUCCACCAAGCCAGGUCAAACUAUUGUGUUCCUGCCUCACUAUGUUAAAGGUAAACAAAAACAAAUGUCUGACUGCAACAAAGUGCUCUAUCUCUGUAAAGUACAGUGGGGAAUAAGAAAAGUCCUACAUGGUUGAACUGUAUUUUCCAAAUGUUAAAGACAGACUUCUCAGUGACUUGGCUGAAUGGCUGCGUUCUGUUCCUGUUGUGGUAAUAAGAAGUAAAAAAAUAUUUACUAUUUGAUUUGUGAACCUAGGCAUACCUGUAAAUACAGCACAGCAUAGGGAAUUACACACACACACACCUUUUUUCAUGACCUGCACCUUGACGUGGUGAGUGGGCUUUCCACCAAGCCAGGUCAAACUAUUGUGUUCCAGCCUCACUAUGUUAAAGGUAAACAAAAACAAAUGUCUGAC